UUUAACACUUCGCAUGGGUUGAAUCCUAGGGUUUUAUUUGGGGAGGACUGUAGACUAUAUAGAAGCUGCACUGUGUCUUCAUCUUAAACCUUGCGAAGGUUUAAAGGGGGAGACCAAAAAAAAAAAAAAAUCCUUGAUCAAGAAUUAAAUCGAAGAUGGAUAAAAGCUUGGUAGGAGAUCUCUCUUCUCUUCCUGAAGAAGACAAGAUCAAAAUGACCUCCAUGAUCGAGCAGCAACAAAUCCGUGACAGUCUUAGGAUGUAUAAUUCUCUUGUGGAGAGAUGUUUCAAGGAUUGUGUUGACACAUUUCAUCGCAAAUCAUUAGAAAAGAAAGAGGAAAACUGUGUGCGGAGAUGCACAGAGUUGUUCUUGAAGCAUUCAAUGCGUGUUGGCAUGAGAUUUGGAGAGCUCAACCAAGGUGCGGCGACGCAAGAUCCCCCCAAAAAAUAAUUAAUUAGCACCAAGGAAUUCUUUAGUUUUCAGUUGAAAAGGGUUGUUCUGCUCUCUUUUUUCCCCUGUUUUACUUGCUCUAGUGGAAAACAGACAACUGAGCCUCUAAAGUCUCACCAUUGUAGUCUGCAGAAUUUCACUUUUUCUAUGAUCAAAUUAAUAUUAACAAUCUUUACCUCUAAGAGAGAAAACAGUCAAGAAUGGCAAAUUCAGCAACAAUCAAUUUUUUAAAAUCUAAAGGGGUAUUUUAACAAUUUUAUAGAAAAGAAC